GCCUUCACACUUAUCAGAACACAUAUGGUUGCAAGCUCUUGGCUGAUGGCAGCACCUGGGGCAUUGACCAGUUUGCAUUUGAUGGGAACGACUUCAUCAGCUUUGACAAGAACACGCUGACGUGGGUAGCGGCAGACCCUGGGGCCCAGGUCACCAAGCGGAAAUGGGGUGACAGCGACAUCCAGUAUCGGAAGCGAUACCAGGAGCAGACCUGCGUUGAGUGGCUGCGGAAGUACCUGGAGCACGGGAAGGAGACGCUGCAGAGAAGAGAGCGCCCAGCCGUGCGGGUCACCAGCAGAGACGCCCCUGGCGGCCCCACCACCCUCUCCUGCCGGGCCCACGGCUUCUACCCCUGGGACAUCGCCGUGACCUGGCUGAGACAUGGGGGGAGCAGCGAGCAGGAGACAUGGCGAGGGGGGGUCCUGCCCAACGGGGACGGGACCUACCACACCUGGGCCACGGUGGAGAUCGACCCCCAGGAGAGAGGCCUGUACCGCUGCCGUGUGGAACAUGAGAGCCUGACCGAGCCGCUCGUCGUCGUGUGGG